UGGUAGCUGGUGUAAUGAGGAGCAGUAAAGGUUUACGUGCUCAGGCCAGUGCCUUCUCCUCAAUAACCCACUUCACACACACACACACUGUGUUCCCCAUUUGCGGGUGGCUGCUACCCAGUUAUCCCCCCAGUGAGCUACAUGCCAGCAAGUCCCUUCCUCUUUGGCCUCUUGCACAGUAGCCAUUGGCUGUCCUGGCGGUAGCCGGUGCUAUGCACGUGGGUUUCCCCAAGUGGCCAUCUCGAUCCUGGGCUCUGAAUGAAUGACUGUGUUACCCAGGUGGCUCCUUGUUUGCAUCCUUCACCUUCCUCAUGAAGUUCGCCCUCUCCCUCGGCCCUGCCAGGAUGGCCCUGCGGUCUCUCAUCGUCAUGGGCAUCCUGAACGGCCCCUCACUGCAGAAGCCCCUGGCUGCUGAGGACGACAGCGGGGGGCACCACGGGAACACGGGCCUGAUCCAAUGCGGGGAGUACAGCAACCAGGUCCUGCCCGACGGCCGGUGUAAGAUCGUCGCCACCUUGCCGCAGAUGGAUGAGCAGAGGUGCCCGGAUAUGUUCCGCUGCACGGACGAGGUCUCCUACUGGCUCCACGAGAAUGAGGAGCGCAAGCAGCAGAUCCUGGAGCUGCGGGAGCUGAUCGCCGAGCUGCAGGAGGAGCUGAGGAACCACCGGCAUCGCAUCAAAGUCCUAGAGCUGCAGCAUGAGGAGAAGAACAGCCGGAACUCCACGGUGGAGCAGCGGGUCCAGGAGCUGGAGCAGCAUUACAAUGAGGCCAGCACGCUGCAGCACAUCCAAGCCACGCUGCUCUACGACAUGCAGGCCCAGAUCCACAACAUCUCCCUGCUGACCGAGUGGGUCCGGCGCAACCCCGGCUGCCUCGUUCCUGCCGAGAUGAGGUCGCAGCAGGAGAUGCACCAUCCAGACGUGAAGCACGCAAAGAACUGCCCAAUAGACUGUGCUUCCAUUUACUACAACGGGAUCCGGCGGUCUGGGGUCUACAGCAUUAUGCCCUCUGUUGGUGGGAUGCCGAUAGAAGUGCUGUGUGAGAUGGACACGGAAGGUGGAGGUUGGACCGUCAUCCAGCGGCGGCAGGACGGCUCGGUCAACUUCACCCGGACAUGGAACGAGUACAAAGACGGCUUUGGGGAUUUAAACAGCGAGUUCUGGCUGGGUAACGAGAACAUUCACAAGGUGACGAACCAAGGGGACUACUCGCUUCGCAUUGAUUUGGAAGACUGGAACAACAAGCACAAGCACGCCUUCUACCAGAUCUUCAGCAUUGAGGAUGAGGCAAAUGAUUACCGCCUGCAUGUGGAUGGCUUCAGUGGGACAGUGGAGGAUUCGUUUGCCUGGUACCACAACAAGAGGAGUUUCAGCACGCCCGACACGGGGAACAUCUGUGCCGAGAUCUCCCACGGAGGCUGGUGGUAUCAUCAGUGCUUCUUCUCCAACCUCAAUGGAGUGUACUACAAGGGGGGCAGAUACUCCACAAAAAACCGCAAGAUCCUGGGGCCAGACGGCAUUGUGUGGUACACGUGGAAAGACACUGAUUACUACUCCCUGAAGAAAGUCACCAUGAUGAUCCGUCCACGCACCUUCCGACCCCAUCUCUCCCCAUGAAGGGACCAAGGACGUUUCUCCUCUCAGCUGAUCCCCAGCUCCAGAAAGGGAGGGAUGGGAGUGGCUUGUUAUAGCGGGAGAUGGACUGACUCCGGAGACCACAGA